GAGAGGAAUCACGGAUGUGGCGUUGUUUUUGUUGAAUAUCUACAAGGUCCCCUUCUCCUCUCACAGUGGCUCCACUGCGUGGCCUGGAGUUGCAAGCAUUUUCAUGAGCAGCUACUUCAUAGCGGGCUACCUGCUGGAAAAGUUGGAUUGCUGCACCGUCGAUGGUGAAGUCGACUGGAGUGACACAAGUGAGAGCAGUGGCGACUCCUCCAGUGAGGAUGUUACCUGGUUGAAGAAAGAGUCUCCAAUACUUGCCUCCGACUGA